AUGGACAACUCUUUGGCCUCUGAUCAUCCCCAUCUCCUGUCAAUGGCAAGCCCCCCAUACUUCGAUAGGAAUAGCAUCAUGCACCACGCCUCAGAUAGUCAACCUCCUCGAUAUCUCAACAGCUCCAGUGUAACUGGGCCUGACUCUCAAUGGAUCAUUUUUCAGCAAACUACUUCAUCGCCAAUGCUUCAGGGAUACAAUCAGUCGGUCGGCUCGUUUUCGGCUCCAUUGGAGCCCCCAAGUUCAUUGCAUCAGGCUGAAUCGCAGCCUUGUCCCCGCAUAACCCGAAAUCUGUCUACAUCCAGCAACUACUCUCAGUUUCCGGUGAACAAUAUCAUGAGCCGAUCGACAUCUCAAUUCUCGUCCAUGUCUUCCGCUCAGCACACACAUAGUUACAACAUGACCCAAGCGUCACGUGGAUCCUUCAACGGUGCACUACCUUUGGACAUGACACGUUCGUACUCGAGCACUUCAGACAACUCGGAGACUGCAAAUCAACCACCCUCGGUACAGUUAGCUUUGACGUCAGCUGACUGGCAUACUGGUCAACCAUUCGAUUUCGCACCACAGGUUCCAAACCAACGCACCACAGCUGGCCCCUCGGCCCAAUACCAAUUUGGCUUGAGCGAUAAUUUGGGCAUCGGAAUCGAAAGUGGAGAUCAGUCUUUGGAUUGGAAAACACAAACCAUCGAGUAA